AUGGCUAGCACCUCUUCUCAAAGUGCCCAGCCCAGGUCAAUCUGGAGUCGAAAGUCGGAUAUUCUCUACGUUGGCUUUCUGUCCACGACCGUUUUUCUUGCUUUUGCUAUCGACCUUGUGCCGUUCUAUCCUGCAGGAUUAUUUCCCCACUGGUCAAGAGCAAUCUAUGACUUUUAUGUUAGCAACUACAAUGAUCCUCUAUAUGUCAGGGAUCCCCCAUUCUUUAAGCUGUUUGUCAUGAUCGAAAUUGUGCUUGCUGUUCCGUUGAGCCUUUGGGGGAUACGAGGAAUAAUCCAAGGGCCUUUGAACUUUCAAUUCAUUACCUCGUCACGGCAAGUUCCCGCAGCUGACUACACCUUGCACCCACAGAUUCUCCCUCUUCAAAUUCGUCCCUUACUUAUCUUGUUCACCCCCUCCUCAACAUUGGCCACCGCAUCACUGUUACGUGUACGCUCUCAUAUUGUCGACAGCUCCUGGGCCAAGGAAGUCUCGUUCAAAUUCUUCGGCACAGGUCAGAGCUACUUUGAUGUGUUGAAGGGUGACUGUCCCUCCUUUGGCCAAAAAUCUCCUUUGCUCAGUCGUUGGCGCCCCGCCGACCUGUUCCCCCUCGCAGUGCUGCACAGAUCCCCUGUUCCAAUGCAUAAAACACAACCUGCCUCUUCCCCUCGAUAUGUCCACGAGUCCUAA